UUUGUCAAAAUGGUUUUGUAGACUUGUGAAUUGAAAUUGGAUACCCGUUCCCCUGGAUGGCAUAAGACCAUGAUCAAAGUUUUGAAGAAUGUCAGUGGAGUAUCUUAUACCAUUGAUGCACAAGCCGGAAUAGCAUGUGUUUCGGGGACGGUGGAUCCGAGCACCCUUCUGACGUUAUUUGCCAAAGCAGGGAAGCAUGCACAGCUGCUGAGAGUUCAUUCUGGACAACAUUAUCACUUCUCUGGUGUCAAACCUGUUGUUGACACUUACAACACACAUGGAAAUGGUAAUGGGACUAAUUACGAUCGCACUCAAGAUAGAACCCUUGCAACAACAACAGCCCACCACGUACACCACUACCAUCGGCCGCGGCCGCGGCCGGAAGACUCCCAAUGCUCCAUUCUCUGAUCACUCAAUAAUGACCUUAAUUUAAAACGCAAAAUGUUACAUAGAUUAUAGGAUGCUUGGUUUUUUGGUUUCUACUACUUGUGUUUGGAAUUUUUGUUUUUCCCUUCUUCCCAAUUUUUAAGGGCAUG